CGCGGCUCCGCUCCACUACGCUUUCCUCCAGCGCCCGCGCCUCUUCGUCUCUAGUUUCGCACCUCCAGUCUCACCUCAGCGCGAAAUGGACCCCAACUGCUCCUGCACUGGUGGCGCCUGCACCUGUGCCGGCUCCUGCAAGUGCAAAGACUGCAAAUGCACCUCCUGCAAGAAGAGCUGCUGCUCCUGCUGCCCCCAGGGCUGUGCCAAGUGUGCCCAGGGCUGCGUGUGCAAAGGGGCAUCGGAGAGCUGCAGCUGCUGUGCCUGAAGUGGGGGGCACCACGCUCCCCGAUAUAAAUAGAGCCACGUGUACAAACCUGCGUUUUUGGUUGUUUUUUUACUGGACCUCUGUUCCCCACAUUCCUUUUUCUAUGAAAUAUGCAAGUGACAAUAAAAGUUGGUGAUUUUACUAUG